UCUUUUUUUAGUUAUCGGCCUUGUUCGAAACAAGACCACCUAUUUCGAAGGCCAAGAUGACUUCCAUUACUCGCUCAGCCAUCAAAGCAAUAAAGUUUUAUAAACAUGUUGUACAGAGUGUUGAAAAAUUUAUUCAAAAGUGUAAACCAGAAUAUAAAGUUCCUGGAUUAUAUGUUGUUGACUCGAUUGUGCGUCAAUCUCGUCAUCAAUUCUCUCCAGAAAAGGAUGUGUUUGCACCAAGGUUUGCUCGUAACAUUCAAUCAACAUUUGCCCAAUUAUUUAAUUGUCCUCCCGAUGAUAAGGGUAAAAUUGUUAGAGUAUUGAACCUAUGGCAGAAAAACCAAGUGUUUACACCAGAUGUGAUCCAGCCUCUAUUGGAUAUGGCAUCUCGAGUUGGAACUGAUCAACCAUUACAGCCCACAAAUGGUGUGCAGUUGAAAACACCUCCGACAACUCAGAACCUUCCUAGAACACCAAGUUCAAAACCUUCACCAGUUAAAGAUCCUGCAUGGUUGUCAGGAAAUCUUGAUACAAGCAAUGUCAGUUCACAGUUGGCAAUUACACCAGUUCCUCAGGUUAAACCACCUUCUAAUUCCGGGGCGAUAGAUCCAAACAUUAUGCUACAAUUACAAAACCUUCAGAGCUUGCUUUUGGAGAAACAAUCUGAUGCUGCUCAGUACAAAAAGGAAGAGGUAAAAUUUGAUAAAAAGCUGCUUGACUUUGAUUAUGAUGAAGAUGAUGAAGAACCAUCAGUGCCACAGCCCUCAUCACAGCCUCAACAGCCUCUCCCAAGCAUUGAUUCUUUACAAACAAUUCUGUCUAACCCUGAGGUGCUACGACAUUUGCAAACCCUUCAACAGCAGAUGUCUAAUCGUAAACAAGAACCAACCCAAGAAGAAAUUGAAGAUAAAAUGAGGAGGUUGCAAGAAAUGAGGCAUCAAGAAGAAGAAUUUGACAAACAUCUGGCACAAACUUUACCUAAUCUUCCUUUUGCUGCUGAAUGCGACUUCAAGCCAACAGUUAUGGAAAAUGCAACAGAUGCUUUAUUGUCUCAGGCACCACCACCUGUUGCUCCUCCUCAACAAUUAUCAUCAUCAAUGCCUGCGUACACUACACCUUCCUCUGCCCAUCCGUUCCAUGGGACACUACAUGAUAAAGAUAUUUCAACCUUAGAUUAUGAUGAAAGAAGCCUUCAGCCUCCAGCAAGGGUUGAUGUUGAAGUCAUUGAUCUCCUUCGAAACGAUUCUCCACCUAGAAGAAGCCCACCUCGAAGUAAUCGUGAUAGCAGAAGACGCCGGAGGUCCAGAUCCAGAAACCGACAUUCUAGAUCUAGAUCUCGUUCAAGAAGGCGAGCCAGAUCAACAUCAGAAGAUCGAGAGACUGAGAGGAGAAGAAAAAGGGGACUCCCACCCAUUAAAAAGAACCAUCUUGCAGUGUGCAGUACAACUCUCUGGAUUGGUCAUUUAUCGAAACUGGUUACCGAAGAAGAAUUAUCAAAUACAUUUGGCAAUUAUGGUGAGAUUGUCUCCAUCAACCUAAUUCCACCUAGAGGUUGUGCUUUUGUAUGCAUGAAUCGAAGGCAAGAUGCUGAUAAGGCCUUAAGAAAUUUGAAGCAUGUUAAACUUCAUUCUAAAGCUAUAACCAUUGCAUGGGCUCCUGGAAAAGCCAUGAAAGAAAAAGAGUGGAAAGACUAUUGGGAAGUUGAAACGGGAACAUCAUAUAUACCUUGGAACAAACUAUCACAUGAUACUGAUUUCACUCUGCUUGAAGAAGGGGGAAUGUUAGAUGAGGAAACAUUUCCUGAUUGGUUAAAAACUGAUGCUGCUCUAAGAAGAAGAGGUGAAAGGAAAGACCGAAAUGAUGACUUCAAAAAUUCACAGGACCCGAAUUCUGAGAUGAUGCUGCAGUCUAAGAAAGAUGAUCACAAGAAACCGGAUUCAGAAUUAGAUAUACCCAUGCCAGCAGGAAACUUACCUGGAUUCAUACCUCUCCCUGAGACAACCAUGGCUCCUCCUCCAGUCUCUCAGCCUGCUACUCCAAUGCCUCCUCCUCCAUUAGGGUUGUUACCUCCGCCUUUUGCAAUACCCCCACAGAGGUUACCAGGGCUUUUGGGGCCUAUGGGACCUCCAAUGAUGGGUCCAAUGGGUAAUGUACCACUUGGCGUUCCUCCUCCUCUUAUGAUGCCACCGCCCCCACAACAAAUGGUUCCUAGAAUGCCUGGACCUUUCAAUCCUGGUCCUCCAGUUGGUAUGAUGCCGAUGCCACCUGGAGGGGAUAAAUCUAAACCACCACAAAUGCCUGGUAUGCCGCCUGACGGAUUCACAGAUCAUAUUGCUUCCAUGUUUGGACUGCCUGUCAGUGCAUUGACUGGCAUGAACUUACAACAGACUUUAGCACACAGCCAACAGCAGCAAAUGACGAAAGGUGCUGCAGAGAUGGAAGUUGACGAUCCUGAAGAAAAAGAUAUACAGAGCUCUAAUUUGGAAAUAAUGUCCGCUCUUGGUACAAACAUGGUUGGAAACUUUUCUCAACCCCCACCAAAUUUCAGUAUGCAUUCAAACCAAAAUCAGGCUCCUCAAAAUUCAAAUCAAAACAACUCAGCCUUUAAGGGUCGAACUGAAGGUAGAAGUGAUAGCAGAAGUGAGGUAAGGAGUGAUAGUAGGAGCGAUGAUAGAAAAAGUGAUAAGGAAGAUACGCCUCGAAAGAACAGAGAAAGAGAUGGGAAGGAUCGUCAUGAUGAUAGGGAUAGAGAUAAAAGAAGAAGGCGGGAUUCUCCUGAUAGAGGUCGAGACAGAGAUCGGGAAAGGAGAAGAGGAGGAAGUGAUAGAGGGCGAAGGGACUGGGGUGGUAAAGGUGCAAGGAGCAGCAAGUGGGGUGACAGAGAUAAGGAUGAUGAAAGAAAAGAUUGGAAAGGUAGCAACAAUACUCCUGGUGGUAGUAAUAAGGAAAAUAAUGAAAGAAGCUCCGACGAUGAAAUGCCUGAUAUGAAAACACUUCCGUUACCUCCACCUUCACAACAGCAUGAACCAGGCUCACCCGCAAUGCAGUUCCCACCUGGCAUUAGGCCUCCUGGUCCACAAGGUCCAGGUGGAUUUGGCCCAAGAUUUGGUCCUCCUAAAAAUGAAGAUGGUCAUCAAAUGAACAUGGGAAUGCAAGGUCCGCCUUUAGGAAUGGGAGGUGAAUUCAUGCCACGUGACUUUCAACCUCCAAUUAGAGGAGAUUUUCCCCCUAGGGAAUUUCAGCCACCCAUGAGAGGCGAUUUCCCACCUACAAGAGGUGAUUUUCAAGGACCAUCAAGAGAUUUCCAAGGUUCGAGAGAUUUUCCAGGACCCCCUAGAGAUUUCCGUGGACCCCCGGGAGAUUUCCAGGGGCCUCCAAGAGAUUUCCAACCAAGGGGUGAUUUUCAAUCUCCCAGAGGAGACUUCCCACCCAGAUAUUUUGGACCAAGAGGGCCUAUGCGACCACCAAUGGGUCCACAGCAAGGAGGACCCAGACACAGACAACCUAAUGGUCCAAUGUUUGGACCACAGCGAGGACCCCCAGGACCCAUAGGAAUGCGAGGACCUAGAGUUCGUAUGGAUGGACCACCUCAUGGAUUCAUGGGACGAGGUUUUCCACCACGCAUGCGCGGAGGUCCGCCCCAUAGAUUUGGUGGGCCACCUUUGUUUCCUGGCAAUAAGGGUAAUAUGGGUGGUGAUGGUCCUCCAGUUUCUAGGAGAUGGGGAGAAGAUGACCGCCCACCAAGGAGAUCCCGAUGGUCCAGUGCACCCGACAGUGCACAACAAUCCGAGACAGAUUCAGAAGUGCCUCAUUCAGAACAAAUAGAUAAUCAACGUGAUACAGAAGAUAAAAAUUCAGAACCAAUGAUGCCACCAGGUGCCGAGGAAGCCUCUGAAUUACCACCAAAAGAUUUAGGUUCAUCUGAUCCACCAAAUGAACCUAAUACUGAGUUUGAACCUAAAGAGUCAGCAACUGAAUUUACAGCAGAGGCAGAAUACUCUGAAGUGAAUAAUGUUACCGAUCAUGCUGACGGUUCACAAUCUGAAUUUAUGGAAAAUGACAACAUACAAUCAUCUGUCCCUAUUGGCCAACCACAAAAAUUUGGAGAAUCUCAUAGGAAGUCCCGGUGGUCUUGUGCAUCUUCUAAUGAUUUUACACAGCCUGAUAGUCUUCCAGAAUCAGAUGUCUCCCCGCCUACUAAUCUACCACCUUUGUACAGUGAGGUUGGCAAAGAUUCUGAGGUAGUGAGGCCGCCAGGUGAAGAUGAUUUCGUGCCUGUUGAUUUUGGUCCUACUGAAUCUCAGACUGAUUUCUCUUCAGAAUUUUCUGCAGGAGAAAUUGGCAGUGAAUUAGUGGAAUCUAAUGAACUUAGCAAAAUUAAUAGUGUAAGUAGUGAUAAUGCUGAUGUUCAUAAAACAGAGACAGAACAUAUCGAAACUAAUCUUGCUUCUGACAGCACAGAAUCAUCUCAAAAGGAAUAGUAAACACAAAAGUACUUCAAAUCAUCAAAACAUUAUGUAUCAAUAAUCUAGUCUUAAGGUUUUUAUAAACUGUAGUAGUAUAAGAAAUUAUACUAGCUAAUGUAAAUUUCAAAAUUCACUCUACGUUGACUUAAAUUCUUAAAUUUAUCAUAUUUCAUAAACCUUUGAAGAAAUCACUGAACUUCAAGGUAAUUAAUUUUUAUCAAUUUUCUUUUUAUUGUUAAUUUUGUUUGAAUAACUAAAAAUAUAAACAAAAGAUUGGUUUUAUACUUUUGUUUCAUUGUACAUGGAAUUGAACAAUUAUAACUGUGUCUUUACAAGAAGAUGCUUGUAAAAAAAAAAUAAUGUGAGAUUUUUAUUUAUUAUAAAUAUAGUUAUACAUUUUAUUUUGACAAAUUAGUUAUCAAUUAUUUCAUUUUAAAUGUUUAGUUAAUUGAUCACGAAACUUAUGAAAUUUCUUAUUAAAUAUGUUAUGAUGGUAGUAUAUAGCAUCAAAGAUUAAUUAUUUUUGUCUUUUUAUCAUGAAAUAUUAUUUCAUUUUAAGAAUAGUUUAUUGAUGAUUGUAUAGCAUUAAUAAAGCUCUUUAUUUUAAGGUGGUUAUUUUAUGCAUAAAAAACGUUGUUGUUGAUGUAAGUUCUUUUUUUAUGUAUUUAUAUUGCAAAGAUGAUGAUUGCUCAUCAUUUUAACCUUUGAUGUUCAAUGUGUUUCAUGCAAAUACUUAAUUGGUAGAAGAUAUGUAAAUAAACAUUUAGCCCAGGCAUCAAAUUAAAUUAGGCCACAAUUUUGGAAUUGAAUGAGUUAAAAUUACCUAUUGUUUCAUCACAUUUGAAGUGUUAUACUACAUCACAUCAUUACGUCUGAAAAUUUUAUGAGUUUUGUCAGGGGUUUGGAUUUUUAUUGCAUAACUACCGCCAAUCAUGCUUUCAUAUUCCCUUAAAAGUGACCUAAUAACUUUUCCUAAUCCCUGUAAGUAAUAAACCUUUAGAUCAAUUUUAGUUAUACAAUAGAUAAUUUGAAUAUUGAAUAAUGCCUUUUAUUCCCAUUUGAGCUUCAACUCUUCAUUUAUUGUUAUUGACAAGAUAAAGUUGUUACAAUACUGUAUAUUAAAAACUAUUGUGUAUUUAUUAUUAUUAGAGAUGAUUGUUAUUAUAUUUUAAGUUAAAUCUUUCCUCAGGUUUAUAGGGACAAAUAAUCCCAGAUAGAAUAAUAUAUAGAAAUAAACAUUGUUUUCUCUAUGAACGGCCAUUAUUCAUAAUUCAGAUGUGAAUGAAUCCAAAUAGGGUUUAUUUAAUACUCUUUUUAGCGCUAUGGCACUCUUACUGUUUUUGGUUGGAUGGAACAAUCCAGGAAAGUGGGAUUUUUGUCAACACCUCAUGUUGCAUAUGGAUUACCACUCAGCUUUGAAUGGAGUAGUGGAUCAAGAUUUAUUUUGCAAGAACCAUAUGAUAUAAUUAUUAAGUCCUCUGUGACCAUUGUACCAGGAUGAUUGUUUUAUUUAUUUCAACUUAAUAAAAAGUACUUUUUCCUCAAUGUCAAGGAUAUAUUUAGUUUGUUUAGGUUUAGGACGGUUAUUGAAUAUAGAAAAAAAAAUUGUUUUAUCAUCAAAUCGAUUCUGCUUGCAAUAUAAUAUUUUUAAAUGAGUGUGUGAUAGAAAGGUAGAAUAUACCUUUAUUAGGGGAUAAUGCUCCCUUGAGAAUAACAAAUUGUACAAAAAUAAAUUAUUAGCCCAAAUAAAAACAAUAAACGAAAAAAAAAACACUUGAAACCAUGAACAAGACCCUUGAAACUGUAUACAGUGAAUAAACAUUAUAAAUAUACACU